CCUUCUGCAUCACACACCCACUUCAGCCUUCCACCCCCACAACCAUCAACAACAACCAUCAUCAACCACAUCAUCAUCUUCAACUUUUCCAUCUUCACAUCAACAAUCAACAAUGGCUCGCACUAAGCAGACCGCCCGCAAGUCCACUGGUGGCAAGGCCCCUCGCAAGCAGCUCGCUUCCAAGGCUGCCCGCAAGUCCGCCCCCUCUACCGGAGGUGUCAAGAAGCCUCACCGCUACAAGCCCGGUACCGUCGCUCUCCGUGAGAUUCGACGAUACCAGAAGUCGACUGAGCUCCUCAUCCGAAAGCUCCCCUUCCAGCGUCUGGUCCGUGAGAUUGCCCAGGACUUCAAGUCUGAUCUCCGCUUCCAGUCUUCUGCCAUCGGUGCUCUCCAGGAGUCCGUCGAGUCCUACCUCGUCUCCCUCUUCGAGGAUACCAACCUUUGCGCCAUCCACGCCAAGCGUGUCACCAUCCAGUCCAAGGACAUCCAGCUCGCCCGCCGCCUCCGAGGUGAGCGCAACUAAGCGACUUCACAGAUGGGUAUUUGGGAGGUUCACGACUUUUUGCUUUGACACGAGGGAUAUCAUGGUUAGGGGAUAAUCAAGGCGUUCA